CCUGAAGUACUUAUCAUGUGGGUCUAGCAGGAGGCAAAAGAACAUAAGAAAACUGAAUGUCGUGGUGGAAAUAAUGGCACGUCGUCCAGCUGAGUCUUGAUUCUCUGCCUGCUUCUGCGUGGGCAUUGGGCCAGAAUGGUCAUCGUGCUGGGGAGGUCGCGCUAGGCCACGGACCUUGAGGGGGGCGUUCUAGUGAUACCUGGGAGACAGUGCUGCUGUGGAAUAGGCAAUAUUCAAGAUGCAGCGGUUGAUGGGAAGAGAGGAGAACGUGAUUGAUGGCCCAGAGGCCAGGGGGCUGACGACCGCGAAGACGAAGAGGCUUUGCGCGCUGAAUAUCGUGGACCCUUAUGUUGACUGGGAGCAUUUGAAGAACUGGCUCAAUCUGGCUUUGGCUGGUCGAGGCGGCCCUACCUUCGUGAAGAUUUUCGAAGGAGUGGGAAAGAAUUGGGCUUCGCUGGAAUUUGACUCGGUCGAAGAUGCGGACCGAGCAAUCAAACUUGCGAGCGGCUUGAUCUUUCAUGGAGCAAAGCUGUACUUGAGGCAGGACCGCGAGGAUCGUGAUCUUUUAGCAUCGUGCGAAUGCUGUGCGGCACCUCGUAGAGCAGCUGCAGUAGGCGAAUGGUGGGGCUCCACGUGGUUUUGCACCAGUUGCACCAGUACUCCUUAAUUUGAAUUUCGUUUUCUUUCCACGUGGUUUUGCACCAGUUGCACCAGUACUCCUUAAUUUGAAUUUCGUUUUUUUUACAGUAAAUAUUGAUUUGUUGGACUACAUCUAGACUUCAUGCAAUAAGGGGUUAGUAGUUAUAGUGUUCUCAAUUUCAAUUUGUUUCUAUGAUCAAUUUCUUUGCUCAGAAGUAGUAACAUUGAUGAUUAUUGAAUCCUACGGAUAUCCACCGACGACCUCUUGUCUUUCAGUUCCGGACGAGCUGCAUGAUCUUCCCUUGGUUGAUACGCAUAUGCAUUUGGAGUACAUAUUGGAUGAUCGCUUUGAUUUGCCUGACGACGCCGUGCUUGCUUCGCUCUUUGACCUCGCGCUGGACGGGCCAUUUGCUGUGAUUACCUCCUGCUGCGACGCGUUCAGCAUCGAGACCACAGUGCGGCUGGUGCAGUUGGGGGCACCCCACGUUUUUGCGGCCUUUGGCGCACAUCCUAAGAGGGCACUUGGCGACUGGGAUUCAGACAUGCGGGAACUGCUGUUGGAUGGAGUCUCCCGUUGCCCGCCCAACAGUGUGGUGGCCUGGGGCGAGUGCGGCCUUGACUUCGCCGGAUACGAACCACUGUCGAAAUACCAAGCAGAAAUUGCCGAGCAGAAGCGGAUCUUCCGAGAAAAUAUCCAGAUUGCAGUGGACGAACUAAAGCUGCCUAUGCAACUGCACUCGCGGGAUUGCGAACAGGAUUUCCUCGACUGCCUGAUAGAGUACAUGCCUCGCUUACAUCCUUUCCACUGGCACGCGGCGAUCGCGUCGCCCGCCGCCUUGGAACGAGUUCUUUCUCUCUUUCCCAAUGCCUAUUUCGGUAUUGGCGGCUACAUUGCGUUCGGCGAUGCCAGGUCCUGGUCCUUGCUGAACCAAAUGGAGCACAGCUCAAAAAAACCUAUCACGAGUACGGACCCAGUGGACUCUCCAACGGCCUCACCACGGAGUACCUGUAGCACUCUGAGCACGACCGCGUCUUCAAAUAGUUCUUCUGAUGAACAUUAUGAAAGUAGUGGCAAUACUAGCAGUAGCGGAACAAGCAGCUGUGAGAAUGUUGCGACAAUUUCAUUUUCUGCUUUGCAGAGUGAUGCAGCAGAGCAUGAUGUAUUAGUUCUAGAUGAAGAUUGUCAUUCAGCAGUCUCCUCGUCUCCUGGACCUGCUAGCGGAAUAGAGCAACUUGACGACGAUUCUCGAGACUCAACUACUUGUAAACCUCUACUAGAAGACUCAACGACCUCGAAAAAACCUGUAGAAAACGAAACGGUAGACUUGGUUGAGAUGGUGCGACGGCUGCCGUUGGAUCGCAUACUGUUGGAAACGGAUUCCCCUCAUUUCACGGUCUUUUCGGGAGGUCCAGCAGACGUUCUGGAGGUGGCUGCUAGCAUAGCGGGAAUCAAAAAUCUGAGCGUCGAAGAAGUCGUGCGCGCUUGCACCGAAAAUGCCAGAAGGCUCUACGGCAUUGAUGCUCAGCGUGUUGCGACUACUAGAAGUCAGAACCAGGGCACUUGUUCUCCUGGAAGCGUGUCGACGUCCUCAGGGACCACGCGGCUGUCAGCCAAAGAGAUGAGGUCGGAAGCGUUGCCGAGGAUCUCGACCAUGCCAUGGGCCAGUAAGCUUGGGCCGAGCCGUGCUACGCGACUAAAAAUGCAAUACCCGCCAAAUGAAGUAAAUACCUGCCAAGGAACAACGAACGAAAGGUUAAGCCAGGACAAGAACACCUCCACUUGUGCUGACCGCCUUCUUGCAGAAGCGCAAGACGAGGUCGCAAAGUGUGGCACAGCAGAGGAGAACGCUUUGCUGAUGACGGGAGAGAACAAAAACAUAGCGCUUUUUAUCGACGCUGAUGCCGCCGGAAUGUUCCUGCAUGCUGAUGCGCGAGCCUCGAGAACCGAACUAGUACACGAGACGCAAAGUAGGUGCAUGGAAGAUGAACACAGAAGAGCAGAAAGAGAACGGGAGAGUUGUUGUAAGUCGACCACUGAAGCAGAUCAGGUUGUAGAUGCUAGUGAUGCGGAAUCAUCUACUGAAGAUCAACGGCGGAAAUUCAAAGCUCUUUGCUUCGCGGCAAAGACGAACGGCCCCGUCGGUGAGCCUCCACCAGUGGGCGCCUCUCUCCUGGAUCUAGAUCUUUCUGAUUAUUGGUAGGUCCUCUGCGUCCUCGCACUGCCGCGCGAAAAUUUUUCAUACAGUUUCUAUGUACAUCACAUCAGCACGAGCACCUGUAAUAUGACUAACCUGUGCUUACGUUCUUACCCGAGGACUUGCCUGUCUUAAUCUCAAAGAACCUAUACAUCAUAGCCUCUAGUUCUUUUAAAUUAGCGCUCAACAUAAUUAAAUCUCUUAUUCUCAACUCAUCCUCAAUGUCCUCGCACUUCCUUGUCUACACGGAGAUUCUUUUUGAAUAUCCCCAUUCGAUCCCGACCAACUACAUGGUACUUCUACUUUGUUGUGCUUUAGCAAAAGCUCUUUCAAGUCGCUUAUAAUUGGCUUUACAUGAAGAUAAGUGCAAUCGAAUCAAAGCCAUCGACGCCAACCCAGGGCAAAGUAAGAGGUCACGAGCAUGAUGUCCUAG